CAACGACAAAUUUAUUGAAACAAUAAGUACUUAUCCUUAAAAGUGACAUUUUGCGGAGUCAAAGCAGUUCCCAAAGUAACUAUUUUAGGGAGCGUGUACCAAAAAUAUUUUUUUUCAUUUGUUUUUGUUGAAAUUCAUUGUAGUAGAAUAAUAUCCAAAGCAAAUAUUGGACAUCAAUUUUAAAUCAAAAGAUGAGUGUUCCCUGGACGAGAUUGCUGUAUACGCCACUGGUUGUAUGCAAACAGCGUGGAUUAGUGAAGGAUGGGGGUGGCGACAAUGUAGAUGUCCAGUCGCAGCUGCAACUUAAUUUGUUGUCAAAACGUGGAGCUCGAGUGCUGCGAGAUGGACGUCAACAUCAAAGAGACGGAAAAGAUCAAGAGGGAAACGCCGACGGGGAUUCUCCGGACUGAGUCGGGGAAGUCCAGGCGCGCCUCGGUCGAAUUUAAAUUUCUCAAACAGGGCGAACCAACGUCGCCUCAACCUUCCGUCGAUCGGUUUUCGGUUACGUUUGCUGAGGAUUCGGUAAAAAGUGAUAGCUCCAAGUGUAACUACUACAGUCCCAGAGUUGGCAGAAUGGAUAAGGUUCAUUUUCCACAAGGCACAGUAGACAUAGACGAUUCCGACGAAGAAGACUACUCAGCAAGCGUCAACGCCAUAAUCCAAAGACGUGCGUCCACAAGAAAAUCUCGUCGCCGCAGCAGCCGUCGCGCUAGCUCACCUUUCAGCCCCGACAUUUUACUAAGCAAUGAGGGCGGCCGCAGACGCUCUUCUGUUUUCACCACUAGUUCCGGAGACACCGCCAUAACAAUGGACGAGGGAAUGGAGGCCGUCAGUCAGGAGGAAAUAUUUGAGAAUAUCAAACUGCAUAAGGAGGUCUUAAGCAACGUAAAAAUGCAACCGUGGAACAUGCGAAAGAAACUGAAACUUGUCGUCCAAGCAAAAGCCUACAUUAAGCAACACGAAGGCGCCUUGCAGGAAAGACUGGCGCAAAGUCGAUCGACGAGGGAUAUGUUGGCGAGGUGGAACAUUUAUCUUAUCAAAAAGUGGCAACAUUACCGCCGCGAGUUAGCCAAUUUGUCCAAUUGGCUGGUGCCUUGGGAAAGGAAGAUAAAAGAGAUUGAGUCGCAUUUUGGAUCAGUCGUGGCGUCUUAUUUUCUCUUUCUGAGAUGGUUGUUUUGGGUUAACGUCGUAUUGGGGAUUGUAUUAAUUUCCUUCGUCGCUGUGCCAGAGAUGUUAACAGCAGUGCCCGACGCUCGCAAACAAAUUCUCAAGGAAGAGCGCUACAACUCGACAAACUUUCAAACUUUGUGGGACUUUGGGGGCGUUUUCAAAUACUCGCCGUUAUUCUACGGCUGGUACACGUACAAAGAAUCAAAAAAGAGCGGCUAUCGGAUGCCUUUUGCUUAUUUCAUAACUGGCCUGGUGGCCUAUGCUUAUAGCUUCUUUGCAACUUUGAGAAAGAUGGCGGAAAACUCUCGUAUGUCUAAGCUUUCAGAAAAGGAUGAUGAAUGCAUUUUCUCGUGGAAACUCUUCACGGCGUGGGAUUACAUGAUUGGGAACGCGGAAACGGCGCAUAAUAGAAUAGCCUCGAUUGUCGUCGGAUUUAAGGAAGCUUUGCUCGAGGAAGCCGAGAAGAAGAGGGAGGCUAGAAAUUGGAAGAUCACAGGAUUUAGGAUACUCGUGAAUACGGUCGUGUUGGGGCUGCUAUUCUUCUCGGCGUUUGCCGUCAUUUUGGUUGUGAAAAGAUCUACGGAACCGGAAGCUAGGAGUAGUGUUUGGAGGAGUAAUGAAAUCACCUUUGUUAUGACGUUUAUCUCUAUAUCUUUCCCUAUGAUAUUUGAAGGGUUGGGAUUUCUUGAACAAUACCAUCCCAGAAAACAACUACGAUUACAGCUCGCAAGGAUCAUGGUGUUAAACCUUCUCAACUUGUACUCUUUAAUAUUUGCCCUGUUCGAUAAAAUCAACGAUAUGACACCUGAACUGGAAAGCUUCAAGAGAAAUUUAACAAGAAAUAACACGAGUGUGUUAGCUUAUUCAGCGGGAAUGCAAUGCUACAAUAGCUGCAAUUCCGAAACCGAUACUCUUAAAGCCUUCAAUUUAAUAGCGGCCGUUGCUACCAAUGUUUCAUUUACAAUGUAUCCAGUUAUGCAAAAAGCAGUGAAAAACGCAACUACGGAGCCUGAUAAAGAAACCAUAGACGCGGAAUUUACAACUGGAAUGUACACAAAUCCGAUGGAUUUUUUAGACAACUACACGACCGAAUUGCCUGGAAAUUUUUCGAGUGAUGAUUCAACAACUUUUAAAAUAAGUACAAAUUUGCCAGACUUUGUAACAAAUAGUUUAUCUACAAGUGAUGGUACCGAAGAAAGUACUUCCGCUAGCGCCGACCUGAUACUAUCUACAGCCACAAUAAACGAAACUUCUGCAGAUAAACCAAAACUGCAAGGAAGCGCCGUCAAAAAACGAAAUUGUCUCGAAAUAUGCGAAAAUUUCACAGUUACACCUUCACCGAUUAUAGAUGAAAGCAGUCUAAACUAUACGACCAGACGUCGAUUGAGAAAUCUCUGUUGGGAAACAAAUUUUGGCCAAGAAUUAAUCAAACUGACGGUCAUGGACCUCGUAAUGACAAUACUGUCGACCUUGGCUAUGGACUUUAUCAGAGGCAUAUUUGUCCGUUUUAUGAACCGCUGUUGGUGUUGGGACUUGGAAAAGGUGUUCCCUCAAUAUGGAGACUUUAAGGUUGCCGAAAACAUCCUCCACUUGGUCAAUAACCAAGGAAUGGUUUGGAUGGGAAUGUUUUUCUCGCCCGGUCUAGUCGUCUUAAACAUCUUCAAACUUUUCGUUCUGAUGUACUUCCGCACUUGGAUUGUGCUGACUUGUAAUGUACCUCACGAAAUCAUCUUUCGAGCUUCAAGAUCUAACAACUUCUACUACGCCCUUUUGCUCAUGAUGCUCUUUUUGUGCGUUUUGCCAGUGGGGUACGCAAUUGUCCAAAUACCGCCCUCUUGGAACUGUGGCCCUUUCUCGAAUUAUCAGAGAAUUUUUCAUAUUUUAACCAAGACUAUUAAAAGAAACGUGCCUCAAAUCGUAGAGCGGGUUUUGGAUUACAUAGCGUCACCUGCAAUUGUAAUACCAAUACUUCUGUUAUUGGUGUUAAUUAUUUACUAUCUGGUGUCUUUAACAAGCGCUCUUAGAGAGGCAAACAAUGAUUUGAAGUUCCAACUCAGGAGAGAACGUACGGAAGAACGUCGAAAAAUGUUCCAAAUUGCAGAUCGGAGGAGAAAAGGAAAAUCUGGUGGUUCGGGAGAAUUCUCCAAUACUCCUUUUGCCAAAUGGAGGAAAUUAAUGUCAACAAUGCCAAGCACUGGCAAAAGUUUCGAUGAUACUUCACCGAGGCAAGAAACCAACGAAUCUCAUCAAAACAAAGAAGAUAAAGUUGAAAUUGGAAAAAAUAAAGAUUUUUUUUCAAAAUUCAUUAAAAAAGCGUUAGGCAAGACUUCUUCAAUAUCAGAAAACGAAAAUCGUGAAAAUGAAAAUCUGGACGAAGGGACCGACACAGAACAACAUGAAUCAUUACCUGAAGAUUUAGUCAGCAUUAAAGACAGCAAACCUCAACCACCUUCAAGAUUAUCAAUUUCUUCCAACAGUUUUGACUACCAAAAAGGUUUGCUACAAAAGCAGAGCAGUCUGAAGAGUGUGAGUGAAUCUAGCAAUAAAUACAACCCGGUCAGGGAUAUUGGAAGUGUCCAACAAAAGAAACAAUUACGUCAGGACUCAUCUUCGUCCAAUUGGUCUGAUAAUAUCCCUGUCAUCACGAUCAGCAAAACUGAAAGCGCCGAAUUUCUUGAUGUGGUACCAGAAGCGGAAAAAGCACCAGUGACGGAAAAAGAAAUCGUGAAGGAAACGGCACCGGAGGCGGCUAAUGAAUUUCGAUUUAAACCCAAAAUUAAAUGUGCCUUGAAGAAACAAUCUGCAGAAAUUGACGAAGAAGUGAUUCGUUACUUUAGUAAGGAUUUGGAGCUGAAACCGGAGCCGGACGCUGGACCUCCAUCUGAAUCUUCCGAAGAUACGGCACGUGACAGUAGCCUUGACACAGUUUUGGCGGUAAAAAGCGAAGAAUCUGCGGAAGAAAGAACCGAUGCUCCGAAAGCUAACCCUGAGGUUGCAUCACCUAAUGAGAGCACAACUGAAUCCAGUGCUGAGUACAAUGAGAACAUGACUUCUUUGUAAAAAUAUUCCUUGCUGUCGUAAAAACAUGAAAUAUGAAUAUCUAA